GUUCGUCCACUACGUGGCAGUACUGAGGCAUGCGCAGGCGAAAUUCGACGCUUUCCUUUCUCCACCACGCCUUUUCUCAAGGCGAAGUAUUCCGGGGCUGAAACUGAAGGUAAGUCCUGAAUAUAUAUGUUAUAACAUGCUGGUAGGCUGUGAAGACCAUGGAGGCUAUGGCUGCGCUCGGUCUAAACAGGCUGCCUGUCGAAAUCAUCUACCGCAUCCUAUGGGCUGCAGUGGCACAGCACAUCGACGACGUCGUUCUCGGACCGCGGUCGCAGUUGCCUCUGCCAUUUUAUUUAUCAGAGUCAGGGGAGCCUGCGAACCGGGAAGACUCAGACCUUGUGGAAUCACUUCUCCUCACUUCGUACCAAUUUCAUCAAGUUUCGCUUCAAAUUCUCUCGGAUGCCUUUGACAUUCCACUGCGCGAAGAAAGACUUUGGCGGCUAGAACAAACACCGUGGAACGAGGUCGCGCUGACCCGCAAGUUCUGCGCCAUGAUGCGUGAACUGGACUACUCUCAGCUAGACCGGCUGGCAGAGAUCGCGAAGGAGCCGGCGUCUCUGAUCUCCAACGCCGUCCGCGAAGUCUUGGCUCCGCGACUGGAUGGCUGCCUGCGGAAAGUUGUAAUCGUUGACACAUACGACCUCCCUCACGCGGAGCUGCAGCUGCGGUGGGACAUCAUCACCCGGCAGCUCAGUACUCUCUGCCAAGAGGCGAUCGUGUCCAGGACACUCGAGAUGCUGCUGGGCUCGCACCAAGGCAAGAUACAGGGGAUGCAAGCGGCCGACGCGCGUGCACUCGCAGAAUGGGACCAUGCGGUGUCCCUGGACGAGUCCAUCGGUAUCGAGAGGCUCGCGGCAUGGUGCACACUUCUGCGGAAAACCAUUGCAGAACAGCACUGUAUCGAGAAUCUCGCGGAAGUCAAGACGGCAGCAGGCAGCCUUUUGGAGGUCUUCAACCGCCGACUGGAUAAUCUUCGUUCACGCGCAUCGCUUUCGGGCGCCACCGCCACGACCGAAGCCGCUGUGGUCUAGUUCGUUCCUACCGCCAUGCCCUUUGUCCGAGACAGUUCGCAGAUAGCCUGAGAGCAAUUUCGCAGUUGUAUUCGAGCGGUUCGGGCACCUACGGACCGAAUUCUACGUCUGGACCACUCGUCGUUGCAUCCGCGGACGUCCUCGUGAGAUUCAGCCUGUUCUGUAGCAGCCGAAUAUACAUGCUUGUCCCCA